GUUGGAGGAGAAUGAGAGAAGAGAAGAGAGGUGGAGGUGGGAGGUGUGUGUGUGUGGGGGGGGGCGGCCCACAGCUGUCGUAGUGCACUCGGGUUUGUACAGAUAGGACGCCUGCUCCAGUCUCCCCGGAACAAUGGGAGAACACGGGAACCACCACAGCCAGCCCGGAGAAACUAGCCCAGGUUUCAGAAUGAGGGAGAGACACGUGUAGGGAAAGUCUACGGAGGGUCGUGUCUAAUAUGACGCUGCAAGGGCAUAUGAAGCAUGUAUAUUGUUUCUCUGUCUCAUUUGUCCUGCUUGGCUUGUCGACAGGUUCCUGGGAUGAUCUGACUAGCUGUGCAGGCUGUUUUUGUCGUGGGAACACACAGGACAGGACGCCAAGCACGCACUCGUUCACACCUAGGGGCAAUUGAGAGUCAGAGAUCCACCUACUGGCAUGGUUUUUGGUAUCUGGGAGGAAUCCAGAGAACCCAAAGGAAACCCACACGGAGCUUUUGUGGAGAAUAUGUGAAACUCUGCACGGACUUUAACCCAAACUCGGUAAAGAUGAUGUCCGAGGAGACCCAACACCGAGCGCUCGAGGAGGACCUGGAGUCAGAGGAGGGUGAUCUGGAAUCCUAUUUGGAGGAGGAGAGCAGCAGUGAGCUCCUGGAGCGUGUCCGAGAGCUUCAAGCUGAGAACUCUGCUCUUUCUCUCGCCAACGAGAGCCAGAGAGAAGCUUAUGAAAGAUGCCUGGACGAAGUAGCCAAUCAUGUCGUCCAAGCCUUACUCAACCAAAAGGAUCUUCGGGAGGAGUGCAUAAAGUUGAAAAUGCGAGUGUUUGAUUUGGAGAGGCAGAACAGAACACUGUGUGAGCUCCUCCAAGAGAAACUGCACAAUCAGUCAUGUGUACAUCAGCAGACUGGGUCCUGCUUGGAACACAUUUCUGAACUACAGCACACUGAUGCAAACAAACAGAUUGAAACUCAGAGGAAUGCACAAUCCAAGGGAAAUGGAGAGUGUGCACAAACUUGCUUUCCUGAAACCCAAAGCUCCACCACCUCCAUGGACGCCUUAUCUCCUUUUCUGCGAAAGAAAGCACAUAUUUUGGAGGUCCUGCGCAAGCUUGAGGAGACCGAUCCUCUACGUUACCACCGUUCCUCUGGCAUCUCUUCCCUCUGUGAAUAUAGCCAAGCUCUAGUCUCUAAGGACACCGUAUUGGCUUGCAGAGACAACUCUCCCAGGUGCAAUGCGACUAAAACGCAUUGUCCCCAUCCCUGUUCAGAUGUUUGUAUUUGUAUCAAUGGAGCAGAGCACAAUAGUGUAAAGUGUGGAAGCUGUAACACAUGCCUUAUUCUAUCCAAUAAGGACUCGAUCAGUCUAGCCAACAGUAGCCACAAUUGCUGCACUUCAAAUGCCAUCACUAUUGACAACCUCAACCUGGCUCCGCCUGAGUUUCAUAAGAACCAAGAUUCACAGAGCCAUGUGAAGCCUACUACGGGUACUAGUGAACUCCUAGUAAUCAGGCAGUCUGCCGAUUUGUCUGUUCUUCCGACGGAAAAAGAUCUUGAACCACCCAGUGAACUUUUAUCAACGGAAGCCCCCGACUCUUACUCUAGCAUGACCGUACCCGAAAGAGACCAUAAUAGAGUGCCUGAUCAUGCACCAGCUAAUUCCCUUGUAUUGUCAGAGAAAGAGACUAGAGAUAAAAAUCGAAUAUCAGAUGCCUUUUUGAACUCCCAAUUAUCAAAAAGUGGCAGCACUACCAGUGAACAGAUUAGUCUUGAGAGUACAAAUGAUACAAGUACUCUGGAAACAGACAUUAAGCACUUAAAAACUGUAUCAUCACAGAAGCUUGAAAAAGUCACAGACGGUGAAGAAUUUCUGCAGAAAAAUGAUACUGAUGUCCAGCCAGUCACCUCCAAGUUACCUACUCUUGGUCUGAAGGACAGCCUGCAAGACACAUAUAGUGAGGUAGAAAGUAGUGAACCUGUGCAUAAAGGGCUGCUGUUUUCUCCCAAUGAGAAUCAUACAGCAUCAAGAGUACUAGAUGAGAUAUGUGUCCCUGUGAAGGACGGCAGAGCACAAGAUCUUCAGGCUGAUGGAUCUAAACUUGUGAACCCCAACCAGGUAUCUAUAAGAGAGGUCAAGUCCUCCCCUUCAAAGCUGCUCAAGUUUCUCAAGAUUCCCACCCUUGGGGAACGUGCUCCAGUAGCCAAUCCUCCCCGUCUCAGUCCUCAACUAACACGCAGCUCAAAGAUCCCUUGUCGCAGUAACAACUAUGAGGUGCAACAUUCACCAGUUGCUACCCGCAAAGCAACCACAGCAGAAAGGCAAAAACAGUUACCUUGUCCCAAACCUGAGCCUUAUCCGUCCACACAUUCUGCUCCAACCUCUCCACCUCUGUCUGAAGAUCCACCUCCAGUGGUGCCGAAAGAGCUUAACUGUGGCAUACCUAAAAGCAGUCGAGGAGGCAAACCUACACAAACCGCUCCCUCACAAAAGACACCGCAGAAAAUACCACACUAUGAAAAUAUUCCUGAUCUCUCCAAUGCCAGUAGCUCAGACAUAUCCCAGGUUCUUGGAGAGGUGAGCUCUGCUCUCCGUUAUGCCAGCUCUAACACAGAAAAAGUUAAAGGAAAGAUAGGAAGCGUUGGUCUAGAGAGGCCCACAAGUUUCAAAUCUCAAAGGGACACUUCUCUAGGCUCUGACUUCUCGGACCAAGAAGAGAGUCCAGAUAGCCCUGUAUGGCAUAAGCAGGCCAACCACCGAAGUUUGCCUACUCAGUCAUCUUCACAGAAGUCACAGAUGAGUGGCAUGAGGUCCAGAAGCCAAGAGAAAAAUGAGUUGGUGAAAGACCAAAUACAAAGUGUGGGAUCACCCAUCAAAAAGAACGAGCCACCACCCAUUCCCAAGAAGACAGGGGUGGGCAGACACUCAGGUGAAUCCAGUCAUUCCUUUAAAGAAAGACUAGCUGCACUUGGCAAGCUAAGGAACCCAGAAGAACCAGCUUGCUCCCAGGCGACUGAGAAAAAAGAAAUGCCUGCACAAACCAGCGGCAAAAGCAAAGCCACUGACUAUAAAACUGAAGAAAAUAAACUUUUAAAAAGUACAGAUUGUGUUGAAGAAAAGUCAUAUGUUUCAGGUAAUACAGACAGUGCUGUCUCAAAGCUUUCUGAGCAAGGCAUCAAAUCAACACCAGCAAGCUCUACAAUCUCUAAGCUGGAAAGUGAAUCAUCUAGAAUGUCCCUUGCAAAACAUGAAAGCCCUAAAUCUAAAAUGCCCGCACUGUCUACCAACUUAGAAGCUGCACAAGCUUUGCGUAGCUAUGCUAAAAGUGCGACACCACAUAGUCUUUCAUACAGUGGGAAAAACCUCUCCAGUCCCCACAGUAGCAGCCCUAACAGGAUUCCGUUAAAAUCUCCCACUAAAACUGUACCACCAUCUUUUAAUCGUGAUGCGAAACCAACCCAGGAGCUUCCAAGAUACUUGUCCAAAUCCGAAGACAGAAGCCAAUCCCGAGCCAGUAAGAAGAAAAACUCCUUUGGGGAGAGCCUUCCUCCUCCACCUCCAAGGCCUACAGAAUCGGUUGAAGAAAAGAGACACUCGGCACCAAGCCCUCAGUCGUCCAUUGAGCAAAAGGUCAUGAAGGGCAUUGAGGAAAAUAUGCUGAAGCUUCAGGAACAGGACAAGAGUCAAGCACCUGAAGUUAAACAGAAGGCUUCCAGUGGAAUUGCCAACUGGUUUGGCUUGCGGAAAAGUAAGCUUCCAGCUCUUAAUCGGAAACCCGAGGCUUCGAAAUGCAAAGAUGAUAAGAGAGAAUGGAAACUUAAUAUAUCCUCAGGGGGAAAGGAUACUAAAGUGGCUACUAAAAAGCCCGAGAGCGAGAGCCUGAACAUAUCCAUGUUAAUGGAAAAAGCGGAGGGGCUACACAAAGCCCUGGAAGAGGAGCGUGCCUAUGUGAAUGGUGUUGCUAUGGACCGACAGGGAAAGGGACAUUCCUGUGAGGUGGUGAUGGACCAAGCUCAGGGGCAGCUGUCUGUAAUGUACCGGGGUGUGCCAUCAGACAACUUCAUGCAGCAGCUGCUUAACCGGGUGGACGGAAAGGAUGUUGGAGGCAUCGGUGUGGCUCAUCGACGCUUAUCAUUUGAUUGUAAAACCAGGCCUGUCUUCAGCCAUCAUAGCACAAGUGGAGUUUGUCAGACCAGAAGUAGUGAGGACAUGGAAAAGGCUGCGUCAUUAAUGACUAAAGUGGAUGGUGUAUCCGAUGAGAACCUGGCUGAUUCAAUUCACCACGAGCAUUUUGCAGGCUCUGGAAUUUUCACACACACCCUGGACAGUGGUAUUGGCACGUUUCCUCUUCCUGACUACAGUGUGAAUGCUGGAUGUAAAAGUGUCCCCAAAGGGAAGGCCCAAGGGGAGAACGAUCCUUCCUUUCCUCAGGGAAGACAUGGCUCAGGGAUUAAAAUUCCCCACAAGGCCUGGACUUUGGAAAGAGAGCUGUCCUCUUUAGAGGAAGAUUACAUCAUGGGACAGAAAAUGGACGGCACACCGCUGGAGGGCAAACUUGCACCGAACCAAGUUGCUGACGCCAGUCAAGAAGGCGCCGAUGUCUGUGGCGGACCUGUAAGAUCUGGCUCCACAAAGAACUGGACAUUCCCCAACCUCAAAGCAUCAACAGAGCUGUCUGAUGUUUAUCUUGGAUUAGAAGAAACCUUAGAUUCAGUGAACCAGAAGAGUUCAUUUAGGCGGCGUUCAAAGACUAGUGAUGUCCCAUUCAGGCGUGACAGUGACCCCAGAAGCCUUCCACAGCCGACUCAGGUGCGCAGAAGCAAGGCACGUGCUCCUGUCAACCCAGACCUGGGAAGAGAACCUGGGUUAGAGCUGGUGAGAGAGAGGCCUGAUGACACAAUUUCUCCCGGCCACCCCCAGGUCCUAGAGACCCCUGAAUCCCUUAGCGACUCUCUCUAUGACAGCCUGUCCUCCUGCGGUAGCCAAGGCUGAGAGGGAGCGCCAAUAGCUGAGUGGAUGGGAAUGUACUGACCAUCAGGUACCAACUUUUUUUCUACACCUUAACAUUAACCUUAAGCUGGACACUCGCAGGACAGCACGCUUUUGACACCAGAAGACACACCCACUAUGUGUUCUUGCAAGAAGUCACCUUUUUAUCUGAGAAUUUCUACUGGACAAAAGCCAGCGAAGCAUGGAAGCGUGUGUGGUGGAUUUGAGCGAUUCACUGAAUUUCUAUGCUUGUGUCACGUUUUUUUAUAACAAUCGUACACCGCAUUCGUUCCGAUUCAGGAAUAGCAGAGUAGACAUGUCACCUUUCUUUCAUUGAAUUGUUUGUAAUGAUUGGACACUCAAAACCAUUACAAGUCUUCCAUUUAAAAAAAAAAAAAAAAAAAAAAAAAAAAUUCUCAAAGUUCUCGAAUUUGUCUCUACAUGUACAUCAGCGCACAUCUUUCGUUAACAUUGUUGUGUAAAGUUAUUGCAAAGUGAACCGUGUAUAUGUAUGUGAUUUUUUUUUGUUGUUGUAUGUGUUUUUUGUUCAUAAUUUAAUAUGCAUAUUUUUAUGUAAAAAGUACAAGGAAAAAAAUAUUCAUUUGUGUACAAUUUGAAUUAGACACUGACUUCCAUUGAGUCCAUUAUAUGUUAGGUGUCAAAAACUUGUAGCAAUAAUAAAAGUACUAUCCGUGUGUGAUAGCGCUACAGUGUUUUACAGUGAAUUUUACUUUGCAAGUAUUUAUUUAAUUUUCUUUACAAGUGUGUGGUAAGACAAGACCACGUUUUGCUGGUUACUUUUUAGCAUUUGUCGCUCAAUUUUCUGUGCCUGGCUGUGUACGUUUCUGUUUAUCACUAUGAAGUCCUCAACAGGGCAUUUCACUUAAAAUAUAUAUAUCUAUAUCUUAGUUGGAUACUUGAUACUUGAUCAGGUUACGUAACAGGACAAGAGCAUCCUUAUCGGAUGGUCUCGGUCUCCGUCUUAAAUUAUCCGCCUGAGAAAUUUCCGGCUUUCCGAAACACCCUUUAAGUUGAAUAUCUGUUUCCACGUAAUCAGUGCUGUUCUGUUCAAGUGAGUUAACUCUGUGAGGUCGUCUUGGCAAGUGACCUCAUAGUUGUAUUGUACAUGGUUGCUACACACCACCAUAAACAGAGCUUUCCCCAACAACUUCACAAAUUCGAAACACCCUGUGACGUUCCUAACAGGUUGUGUAAAUAUCGCGAUGACCUUCUUAUUGAAUGCUGACAUUUCCAGUCAAAUGAUUCCCAUUCUUUUCCUUUUGACACUAAUUUUACUGAGUGAAUUAUUUCAUAAUUAAUCAUUUUUAUCUUAAGAUGUGAAGGAUGCUUAAAUGGCACACUUGACGAUAAAUUGAGGUCCAAAACAAACAAACAAAUAACACUUUUCCUGGAACAUGUCAUUAACAUGUCGUGGCCUGUUCAUGACACCAAGCAUUCUCCUUUUGUCACGGUCCCUUUGAUUUGAAAUGUGUUGUUCUUUGUGUAAUAGAUUCCUGUGUUUCCUGUAGAAGUCAUCCCAUUUAUUUUGACCGUUUAAUUUUGUUGUAAUUUUCAGGACUAUUUUAUGUUAGUUUGCUAUGUUUACAAAAGAAUUUAUGACGAAGCUGUUAAUAUAUCUGUAAACUUUUUAUAUUAAGGUGCUAUCGGAUGUUUUUCCAUUCAUCUCUACAAAAGCCAUAAAUCUGUUGUUUUUUUUUUGUUGUUUUUUUCAUAAUCAUCUUUUGAAGCAAUUGCCAUCACUCAUGCUAUUAAAUAAAAUGUUUUUAUGCA